AUGUGUAGUUCAAACAAGAAUAAUUUUAAUAGAGCAAACGAAAAAGGAGUAGCUAGUAAUAAAAAAUAUUCUCUAAUAUCUAAGCAAACAUUAAAUCAAAAAGACAAAACAAUAUGGAAUAUAUUAAAUUCAGGGCGGGUUCCAAAUGAGGGUCUAAAUGAAAUUACAAUUAUGAACAUUUUAUAUCAAAUAUCUUCUCAAAACUUAUGCAAUAGUGAAAAAAAUAUAAAAAUUGGGGAAAGAGAAAAUCGUAUUUAUAGUGGAAUAGUAAGAAGUAAGUAUAUGGGAUUUGGCCAUGGUAUAGGAAGAUCAGGUAAUUUAGAUGAUGUUCAACCAAAAAGCGUAGGAAAUAGUAUACUGGCAAAAGUUACUACUAGCUUUGUAAAAGAUUUAAUUAAAAACUUUGGGAUAAGAAGUUGCGAAGAUGUUUAUAUAUUACCAUAUGCAACUGGUAUGUGCAUUAGUACAUGCUUGCUAUAUUUAAAAAAAUUAAGAAAAAAUAGUGAAUAUGUAAUUAUUUCAAGAAUUGAUCAUAAAACAUGCUACAAAUGUAUUGACUUUUGUGAUUUAAAAUAUUUUGUUGUGGAUAUGAUAUAUAAAAAUGAUGAAUUAUUUACUGACUUAGAUAAAAUAGAAAAAUUAAUUGAAGAAUAUAAGGAAAAAAUAUGUUGUGUUAUAUCAGUGACUUCUAGUUAUGCACCAAGAAAUUCAGAUGAUAUAGUAAAAAUUUCUCAUCUUUGUAAAAAAUAUGAUAUGCCCCACUUAAUUAAUAAUGCUUUUGGUUUGCAAUGCAUUUUUAUAUGCAAAGAAAUACAAAAAUGCUUUGAUAUGAAGGGAAGAGUUGAUUUUGUUAUUCAGAGUUGUGAUAAAAAUUUUCUUGUCCCAGUUAAUGGUGGUAUUAUAUUCAGUUCAGAUAAAAAAAAUAUGAAAGCCUUAAAAAAAACAUAUCCUGGCAGAACUCCAGUAAAUGCUUAUCUAGAUUUAUUUAUUACAUUAUUAGAAUUAGGAAAAAAUAAAAUAAUGAAAUUGAGAGAACAAAGAUUAGAAAAUUUCAAUUGGUUAAAAGAACAAAUUACUUUAAUGUGUUCUAAAUAUAAUUUACAACUCAUCAAAACUAGUAAAAAUAAAAUAUCAAUGGCUAUUAAUCUAAAUCCCUUAUAUGAAUAUUGCGGCAUGGAUAACCCUAAACUUAUUAACCUACUUGGUUCAAUGCUCUUUUAUAGAAAUGUUACAGGACAUAGAGUAAUUUGCUCUCCCUUAUUAAUUAAGAACAAUGUAUUGGAAAAAAUAAAUGAAAAGCAUCAACUUGAAAUGAAAGAAGAUCAACAUAAAAGAGAAAUUAUUGUUAAUAAUGUAAAAUUAAAUAAACAAGUUCUAAAAGAUCUAAAUAAAAUAGAUAAUGAUGAAUUAAAAUCUAAUGAAAUAAUAAUAAAUCAUGAAAUGAGUUUCAGUAGCAAUACAGAAAAUCUCAAAAUAAAUACAAAUAAAAACACUUAUGAAAAAUUAAAUGAAAUAAAUACGAUUGUCAUAGGAAAUCAUACAUUUCAUAAUUUCGGUUCUAGUUGUGAUUCUUAUCCUUUUUCAUAUAUUGCUUUUUCAUGUGUAAUUGGAAUUGAAAGAGAAGAAAUUCAUCAUUUUAUUUUAAAACUUGAUCGUACAAUCGAUUAUUUUAUUAAAAAAUUUAAAAAUAAAAAAAAAGAAGAGAAAAUAAACUUUCAAAUAAAUUAA